AUGCAGUACCGCUUAGUUGUAGCCCUCCUUAAUGUUUACUUUCUAUACGCAAGAGCACAGCCAGACGUGCAAACCUACUUCAACUUGGACGAAGCCGCGCACGCAACCAAGACCCAGACGCUCAAGAGUUCCGGCUACCGAAUACUAUCACUCAGCUCUUACGGAACUCCUGCCGACAUCAAGUAUGCCGCAGUCUGGGUGAAGCGGGAGGGCAACCAUCAAAUCAUGAUUUCUAGCGCCGACAUUAAGACUUACAAGAAAUGGUUGGCCAAAGGGAAAUCCCGAGGCUAUGCUUCAACACAUGUCUCCGCUACAGGGCCUGCUAAAAAGGCCGUCUUUGCUGGCGUCAUGGAGAAGGCAGAUGUUGGAAAAUGGAGUCAGGAGUGCGGCUUGGCGAAACCAGAAAAUCUACACCCAGCAAGGGAUUUCAGUCGUGUUGUCAAGGACUUCAGCACCUACGGCACACCCAACAACCGUCGCUACUGCGUUCUUGUCCACGAGAACAUGGGUAACGCAAAAGAAACAAUCUUUUACAACACGAAUGGGCCCGAGGACUUCGCUGCGAUCUACAAUUCCGAGCUCAAGAAGCCCAUUUGGCGGCCCGCGCAUCUCUUUGUAGCUGACGACAAACACAUCACGCCUCAUUUUACAGAUGAUUGGGUCGGCGAGUGGAAAGCGGCGACCGAUCUCACUGCAGACGAGCUGGAUGCCGAGAUCAAGUUACGACAGCAGGGUCGUCUUCGCCCUAUCCAUAUCGAUGGCGCCGGCACAGGAAAGGACACUCGCUUUACUGUGAUUUUUGCAGAAACCGACGUCCCGGAGGCCCGCAAGUGGACAGUUACCGGAAAAGAGGGUGAGCAAGCGAUGACCGAGCGGCUCGACUCCAUCAUGCAGGCCUGGAUGAAGAAGAACGGCGUACGCCAGGCACAGUUCGCAGCCGCCGUAAAGGGCGAGAUCAUCCUCGAGCGCAGUUACACCUGGGCAGAGAGUAAUCGAGCCAUCGUGGAGCCAGACGACAUCUUCUUUGUGGUCAGCCUAAGCAAGAUGUUUACCCAUGCUGCCGUCUACAACCUAAUACAGGCCGGAAAGCUGGACUACUCAACGCGAGUGUACGAUGUCCUUGGCUACAAGCAAGCAAAAGACCCUCGCGCUCUCAGUACGACAGUCUCCCAACUCCUUGAUCAUUCUGCGGGCUUCGAUCGUUCCAUGUCUCCCGACAUCGGAUUUCAGUUCCGAGAGGUCUCUGAGUCCUUUCACAACAACAAGCGUCCUGCGAACCUUUGCGAUAUGAUCGAGUUUCAGCUUACGAAGACCCUGGAUUUCGAGCCUGGUAGUAGGUCUUCGUAUUCAAAUUACGGUACAAUGCUCCUAGGCUACCUCAUUACCAACAUCACUAAGCAGCCAUACUUGGACUUCCUCAAGGAGAACGUCCUUGAAGGCUUGGACGUUCGCAUUUAUGAGACAGCCGCGGAGAAGCAUGCCAAUGAUCGCAUCAUUCAAGAAACUCGUUUCUCGGGUCUGGAUGCCACACACCCACAAUCGCUUCAGAAAGUACCAUACAUCUUUGGCGGCGAUGGGUCCAUCAAAGAGGAAGUCGCUCCUUCGUUCGGGCUCGCUGCGAGCGCAAGUACCAUCGCAAGGUUUAUCGGGAGGUAUGCUGUUUGGGGUACUGGUGAGCGCGAGGUAGGGAAUCGGCAAGGAGGAUUGCCAGCAGCGCGCGCGAUGGCCGUGUCGGAGGCGUCGGGCAUUGAUUGGGCCGUCACCUUCAACACUCAAGACUUUGUCACAAACAAAGAGACCACAGUCUUGAGAGAUCGGCUUCUCAAGCCUCUGUUUUCUGAGCCGAAGUCCUGUUUCUCUUGGCUACGAAGAUUCUGCGCCGGUGUCUAA